CUCCCACUUCUUUGAGCGUCCCAUUCCCCCCCGAAGGCCUCGGGGCGGGGCCAAAUGCGGGGAGGAAGUCAGCCUCUCGGCUUCCGCUCGCUGAGUCUGUUGUCGGGACCGAGUUUGAUCUGUGACAGUCAUGUUGCCCAACACCGGGAAGCUAGCAGGAUGUACUGUCUUCAUCACAGGUGCGAGCCGUGGCAUUGGCAAAGCUAUUGCUCUGAAAGCAGCCAAGGAUGGAGCAAAUAUAGUUGUUGCUGCGAAGACCACCCAGUCACACCCCAAACUUGCAGGCACGAUCUAUACUGCUGCUGAAGAAAUCAAAGCAGCUGGAGGAAAGGCCUUGCCUUGUAUUGUUGAUGUAAGAGAUGAACAGCAAAUCAGCAGUGCAGUGGAGAAAGCAGUUGAGAAAUUUGGAGGAAUUGAUAUUUUGGUGAAUAAUGCCAGUGCUAUUACCUUGACCAACACGUUGGAUACACCUACGAAGAAAGUGGAUUUGAUGAUGAACGUCAACACGAGAGGCACCUAUCUUACAUCUAAAGCAUGUAUUCCUUAUUUGAAAAAGAGUAAAAUUGCUCACAUCCUCAAUCUCAGCCCACCACUGAACCUGAAUCCACUGUGGUUCAAACAGCACUGUGCUUAUACCAUUGCUAAGUAUGGUAUGUCUAUGUGUGUGCUUGGAAUGGCAGAAGAAUUUAAAGGUGAAAUUGCAGUCAAUGCAUUGUGGCCUAAAACAGCCAUACACACUGCUGCUAUGGAUAUGCUGGGAGGAUCUGGUAUCGAAAGCCAAUGUAGAAAAGUUGAUAUCAUUGCAGAUGCUGCAUAUUGCAUUUUCAAAAAGCCAAAAAGUUUUACUGGCAACUUUAUUAUUGAUGAAAAUAUCUUAAAAGAAGAAGGAAUAAAAAAUUUUGAUGUCUAUGCCGUAACACCAGGCCAUCCUUUGUUACCAGAUUUCUUCUUGGAUGAACAGCCAGUUAUAGUUACCAAGAAAGCGGAAACACAUGGUGCUGUUCCAGAAUUGAAAGAAGAGCAGGCAGAGCCAUCAUCAAAACCACGCUCUGGAGCUGUGGAAGAAACAUUUAGAAUUGUUAAGGACUCUCUCAGUGAUGACAUCGUUAAAGCCACUCAAGCAGUCUAUCAGUUUGAACUCUCAGGUGAAGAUGGUGGAACAUGGUUUCUUGAUCUUAAAAGCAAGGGUGGGCAGGUCGGAUGUGGAGAGCCUUCUGAUCGGGCAGAUGUGGUGAUGAGUAUGUCUACCGAUGAUUUUGUAAAAAUGUUUUCAGGGAAACUAAAACCAACAAUAGCAUUCAUGUCAGGAAAAUUGAAGAUUAAAGGAAACAUGGCCCUAGCAAUCAAAUUGGAGAAGCUAAUGAAUCAGAUGAAUGCCAGGCUGUGAAGAGAAAAAAAAAUGUUGACUGCUAAGCUCAAAAAGUAAAAGGGCUCAACAGUUAAAAAGUGAAUGUUUGUUUUCAUCCCUAUUAUAUUAUAAGGAUAUGCAUGUUUGUUCUGGAAAAAAUAGAAUUUCUGUAUCUUUAAGACUUGAAAUUGUAAUUAAAACAGCUAGUCAACCAAACAUAAGCAUCAUUAAGUAGAAUUCUAACACAUUCUGUUUUUCAUAUUUUGUGAGGUUUGCCCUCUGAGUCCUGUAUCUUAUACACUGUUAUCUCUAGGAAAAAUAUUAUCAGUGAUCAGUCAGGGUCAGGCAGCAACAUUUAGUCUUUUCAUAUCUUCUUCCCAUUUAAAAUGAGACUAAUCUGUUUUAAACUUUUCAGUUUAGGAUUGUAUACUGAUGAUAUUUUAGAUUUUUAUAAAUUUGUUUUAAAGAAGAUCUGCUAUAGUACAUUUCAACAGAAAUCAAAUAAUAAACUACUUAAUAAAUACUAUUUGUGAAGGCAAAUUAAAAACAGUUUUUCAUUU